GAGAUCGGUGCCCUGCAAACACUUCAAGGCGUACGGGCCAGCAGCUGUAAUACCUUAGCGACAAGACAAUAGGACCCAAGCGUUUGAUCCGAUAGCCUGUGGGCGUGCGCACUUGCACGUCACUGAGGCUGGGAGAUUCAACCACCAUGAAAAACGCAGGUUCAGUUCGUGACACUCCUUCACUGAGCGUCAAAACAAGUCGGAUGACACGGGAGGAGCUCAGAAGCCACAACCCAUUCACCAACAGUAGCUCAGGUCCAAUAAAUCUCGACUCGAAAAUGGCCGACUCACUUGCUCAAAUACCGCGCCCAGCUCGCCAUAAAGCAAUUCAAAAAUUCGUUCUACCAUCAACCGUUCAACCAACUUGAACAAGACGAAGGAAGUGCCCAAGUACGAGAAAAGAAGCGGAAACAAAGAAGAAAUGGAGUUUCAGGAAGCACUCACCGGUCUAAUGACAACAUGCACUGGGUUGGUUCCAAUCCUCGUACUCGAGGUACCAUCGAACCUCUCAACCCUCGUCGAGGAUAUCCCGAGAGUGCUCAGGGAGCUCGAGAGGACACUGAGGGAUCUCCAAGAAAUACCUCGGGGGAGGAGGGAGAUGGUGGAGGUGCACCACUUGCUGGUCGUGCUGGCAUACGGCAUGUUCGAGCUCUCUCGGCUUGAUACAGCACUCCAUGCUCUUGAGUACUUUGGAGAUCGAGAGCCUUGUACGGACGACGAGAAAGACAAGAACAUGAAUGUGCUCUGGGAUGUCAAAAUGACUUUGGCAGAGUUUUGGGAGUAUGUCAAGCAUUUCAGGGCCAUUUUGACUAGCGAAUCCCAACCCGAACGAGUUUGGAACAAGAACAAGCUGGAAAGAGAGCUCCAAGCUCUUCUUCGUCGACCCAACCAUGUGUCGAGCCGUCUUAGGACCAUUGACCUUUGGAUGGAGGACGGGCAACGAUACGGCAACGGCGGUUGGAAUAGGGCUUUUACGGAUGUGAUGUUAGACCCAAGUUUAGACCCUCCGAUUGUGCCUAGCAGAGUGGCUGCCAUACGAUCUCAGUUCGACCCAGAGUCAGGCUAUCGGCCAGUGCGUAACAAUCUCAACCGUCCGCUUUCGAGAUCGUCAGAUCCGAGAUUGUCAUCUCAGACAAGAGAUACAGCACGUGUACUGCUCUCUGAUAUCUCGGGUGUUGAGGACAUCACCAUUCCCAUCUACCGGGAGGAUCUGAGUAACGAGGUCAACUACAGGUUCAGUAGCGCGCCUCGUAGAUCAAGACCAAAUUACUUGGACAUCGCGGAUGCGCCGGGGAUACGAGAGAUUGCUCAAUCAUCGCCUUGGCAACCACCGCGAUAAGAAGAAUAACGGAUCAGACAGGAGAUGGAUCCCUGGUCGUAAGGUGAAGGUAGGAGGUAGAGCGAUAUGCUGGGGUGGGACGUUUCCGACAGGCACCAAGUGCUGUGGGAAUGAGAAGGUGUGGUUCGUAAGGUCGCGGGUUGCGGAUGGAAAAAAGAUGAAGGAAUGUGGCAUGGUGGAGAAACGGGGAAAGGAUAGAAGCUUCUGGGUAGCAAUCAAGUUAUAGACCUUGGACAGUAGUCUCUUUGCCAUCUAGGACAGACGCUGAUGUCUGAUCAAGGUGAAAAAUCCGACAUGUGA